UAACACUUCACUAGUCAAUUCUUGAAGUGAUGGAGGAUGUGAACAAGAAUCUAUCGUUAAAAAUGGUUAUGUGCUUGGUACUAUUGACAUUGUGGACCAUCGGUUCUCCUGCUCGAGCCUGCUUCACGAAUGGUGGAAGUUGUAGAAACUGCAUAGCGAACGCGAUGAGGAGAGAUUGUCCAAAGUGUGCACCGAUCAUGAGGUGCAUGGCUCGAUGCUUGUGGGCUAAUACCCCCAAAUUCAAGUGUGUGAAGCAAUGCGAUUGCAAUACGGGUUCCUAUCCCAGACUUGCCGAUUGUAAGAGUUGCUUGUCUCAUUGCAAAUGCUCCUGUGCUAUGUACUAGUGUGUUUUUUGGUUCGUCUUGAGUUUAGUUUGUAACGUAUCUAACAAUAUAUCUGAAUAAACACCCUUUUG